AUGCACAAAAAUGCCCUUUUUAAAGGUCGCAGCACUCUUGUUGCUAUGGUAACAACGACUGCUUGUUCGAGGCCUGGGGCCUCAUUUUCAUACAAAAACGUCACAAAAAAAGAGUGAAAUGUUUAUUUCUAUCAUACAUAGUAACAUCAUUCGUCUUUAUAUUGACUCAUUCAAUUUCCCCUGGGAGUGAAUGUGAACAUACCAAUAGAUUAUUUAUCUCGGUACAGUUGCGGUCAUUUUUUUCGUCGGGUAAAACAGGGAAAACGUUUAUCUGAAUUUCCCCAAACGUACACCGAUUCUGGAACUGAAAAACCCCCCUAGCUGGUCAUAACAUUCUUGCUUUUAAAUAUGUAAAAAUCUCUGCGAGCCUGCCUCUCCUUUUUAUAGUGGCAAUUUGCGAACGAAGCUCAAAAAUCAGAUAUUGCAUAAUUUGGCGAUGUUUGCAUCUAAUGUUCUCAACAACAAAUGUUUCAGACAAAUAAAACAUGUAAGGCUUUGAAAGAAUGUUAUCUUAUGAGCAAUAUCCCGAAGAAAAAUCUCGCCUCUGGUUGUCAUCUUUUAAAAAAAAAUUGAUCAACCUUCGUGCCGGAGGACUACUCGACUUAAGUACAAACAUAUACCUCAAAUCGUGUACAUAUAUGAUCAUCCAGAUUCCGAGUGCUGCACCUUCUUUCAUGGGAAUUUGAGCGAUCCGAAGUUCUCUGAAGAUACACUGUUAUACUUGUAUGUCAUUUAAAACAUGUUGAAGUCGGCUGAGGUACACGAAACUAUCUUCACACCCGUCAUUUGUCAUAAACAUGUACGUUGUCACGAUGGCGUGACGCUGUAUUUCUCGUACAAUAGCAAUUUGUACGACUCGCGCGAAAAUCAUCACAAAGUGGGGAUUUUGAACUACUCAGUAUCCCUGCAGUACAGCAAACGGAACAGCCUUUAGAUUUAUUUCACUUGACAACAAAAUGCUAUAGAAAGUGCUUACAAAAUUUCAAAGGAACUAUUUUUGGUGUCGCUUGGACCGAGAAAUACAGAUUUGAAAUAAUUAAUGUUGUCACUGAUGAACCAAAGGGCACAAUCUUCUCAGUUAUUAGCUUGAUAAUCUCUACAGACUAACGUUAUUGGACUGAACGAUCUCCUGUUUCUUCCUACUGAGCCGGCCACCUCAGGGGAAAAUUAAAGAGACCUUUGACUUCCUCUCGUGUAAAGCACUGGAGAUUGCAUUAUAUUCAUCUUUCUUUAAGCUUGUAAAAGAUAUCCGGAAGAAAAGUAUGGAAAAUAAUGGUGACGAAAUCGAUGUUCUUUUUCCUAAAGGACAUGAAGCAAUCCAUAUUUCAUAUUAACCAUGGGGAGUUUCGUUUAAGUGACAAGUUGCGAUAAUAAGUUGCGAUAAAUACGUGUGGAUAAUAAGUUGUUUGAAAUGUGGAAUUAUGACAUUAUGAUUUCAUUAAAUCUUUUAUUUCAAACUUUGUUAUGAUUUUUUCUCUUUCAAGACAUGGAAGGAAACAUUGAUUGACUCGAUUGCACUGCGUCGGUGAUAGGUCUUUCCUCAUCAUAUCUUAUGCAAAUUUUCUAACAGUUUUCUGACAGUUUUCAGAUGAUUCGAAAUAUCUUAUUUACUGUCACAAGGAAAUGAUAACUGCCCGAAUCUGCUAUUUGUAAGGGGAUGCCUACGUCGUUCAAAUUGCUUGCAACUGGGUUUGACAUGUAGUACUGCCGCUGACAAGUUACGACUUAUACUCUCAGAUUCUCAGUGUUUACGACCGUUCAAUCGAAGUUUUCCUCUUUUUUUUUUGGUUGUUUUUACUUCAGAAAGUGGAAAUCUGCUGACAUAUAUGAAAAAUAUCUAUUUGUCGUCUUCUUUGGAGCCACCGAUGGAAUCUUCACGGAGAAAUACAGCGUCACGCCAUCGUGACAACGUACAUGUUUAUGACAAAUGACCGGUGUGAGGAUAGUUUUGUGUAGAUCACUCGACUUCGACAUGUUUCAAAUGACAUACAAGUAUAA